GGCGGGGCUGGCGGGAGGGGGCGGGGGAGGGAAGAGGGCGUGAGGAGGGAGGAGAGAGAAGGGCGGAGUAGGAGGGAGGGAAAGGGGGGCGGGGUGGAAGCGGGUCACGUGAUCCACCAUGGAGGCGGUGGCGGCGACCGGGAGGAGCCGCCGGGGCAGAAGCCGCACUUGUUAGUGUGGGGGGAGGUGGGGGUGGGGGACGCCGACACCGUCACCCAGGGACGCCGAGGAGAAGGCGGGAGGGGGGUGGGGGCGAGAUCAGGCUCCGACCCCCGGCCGAGGGGAUGUGGGGAGCAUGGGCGCCAAGGAGUCACGGAUCGGAUUCCUCAGCUACGAGGAGGCGCUGAGGAGAGUUACAGAUGUAGAGCUAAAACGACUGAAGGAUGCCUUCAAGAGGACCUGUGGACUCUCAUAUUACAUGGGCCAGCACUGCUUCAUCCGAGAAGUGCUUGGGGAUGGGGUGCCUCCAAAAGUUGCUGAGGUGAUUUACUGUUCUUUUGGUGGAACAUCCAAAGGGCUGCACUUCAAUAAUUUAAUAGUUGGACUUGUCCUCCUUACAAGAGGCAAAGAUGAAGAGAAAGCAAAAUACAUUUUUAGUCUUUUUUCAAGUGAAUCUGGGAACUAUGUUAUACGGGAAGAAAUGGAAAGAAUGCUCCAUGUGGUGGAUGGUAAAGUCCCAGAUACGCUCAGGAAGUGUUUCUCAGAGGGUGAAAAGGUAAACUAUGAAAAGUUUAGAAAUUGGCUUUUUCUAAACAAAGAUGCUUUUACCUUCUCUCGAUGGCUUCUAUCUGGAGGUGUGUAUGUUACCCUCACUGAUGAUAGUGAUACUCCUACUUUCUACCAAACUCUGGCUGGAGUCACACAUUUGGAGGAAUCAGACAUCAUUGAUCUGGAGAAACGCUAUUGGUUAUUGAAGGCUCAAUCCCGGACUGGACGAUUUGAUUUAGAGACAUUUGGCCCAUUGGUUUCACCACCUAUUCGUCCAUCUCUAAGUGAAGGUUUGUUUAAUGCUUUUGAUGAAAAUCGUGACAAUCACAUAGAUUUUAAGGAGAUAUCCUGUGGCUUAUCAGCCUGUUGCAGGGGACCCCUGGCUGAAAGACAAAAAUUUUGCUUCAAGGUAUUUGAUGUUGACCGUGAUGGAGUUCUCUCCAGGGUUGAACUGAGAGACAUGGUGGUUGCACUUUUAGAAGUCUGGAAGGACAACCGCACUGAUGAUAUUCCUGAAUUGCAUAUGGAUCUCUCUGAAAUUGUAGAAGGCAUAUUGAAUACGCAUGACACCACAAAGAUGGGCCAUCUUACUCUGGAAGACUAUCAGAUCUGGAGUGUGAAAAAUGUUCUUGCCAAUGAAUUUUUGAACCUCCUUUUCCAGGUGUGUCACAUAGUUUUGGGGCUAAGACCAGCUACUCCAGAAGAAGAAGGACAAAUUAUUAGAGGAUGGUUAGAACGAGAGAGCAGGUAUGGUCUGCAACCAGGACACAACUGGUUUAUCAUCUCUAUGCAGUGGUGGCAACAGUGGAAAGAAUAUGUCAAAUACGAUGCCAACCCUGUGGUAAUUGAGCCAUCAUCUGUUUUGAACGGAGGAAAAUAUUCAUUUGGAACAGCAGUACAUCCUAUGGAGCAGGUUGAAGAUAGAAUUGGAGGCAACCUCAGUUAUGUGAAUUCUACAGAAGAGAAGUUUUCAGACAACAUUUCUACUGCAUCUGAAGCCUCAGAAACUGCUGGCAGCGGCUUUCUGUAUUCUGCCACACCAGGGGCAGAUGUUUGCUUUGCUCGACAACAUAACACUUCUGACAAUAACAACCAGUGUUUACUGGGAGCCAAUGGAAAUAUUUUGUUGCACCUUAACCCUCAGAAACCAGGGGCUAUUGAUAACCAGCCAUUAGUAACUCAAGAACCAGUAAAGGCUACAUCAUUAACACUAGAAGGAGGACGCUUAAAACGAACUCCACAGCUGAUUCAUGGAAGAGAUUAUGAAAUGGUUCCAGAACCUGUGUGGAGAGCACUUUAUCAUUGGUACGGAGCAAACCUGGCUCUACCUAGACCAGUAAUCAAGAACAGCAAGACAGACAUCCCAGAGCUGGAAUUAUUUCCCCGCUAUCUUCUCUUCCUGAGACAGCAGCCUGCCACUCGGACACAGCAGUCUAACAUCUGGGUGAAUAUGGGAAAUGUACCUUCUCCGAAUGCACCUUUAAAGCGAGUAUUAGCCUAUACAGGCUGUUUUAGUCGAAUGCAGACCAUCAAGGAAAUUCACGAAUAUCUGUCUCAAAGACUGCGCAUUAAAGAGGAAGAUAUGCGCCUGUGGCUGUACAACAGUGAGAACUACCUUACUCUUCUGGAUGAUGAGGAUCAUAGAUUGGAAUAUUUGAAAAUCCAGGAUGAACAACACUUGGUAAUUGAAGUUCGCAACAAAGAUAUGAGUUGGCCUGAGGAGAUGUCUUUUAUAGCAAAUAGUAGUAAAAUAGAUAGACACAAGGUUCCCACAGAAAAGGGAGCCACAGGUCUAAGCAACCUGGGAAACACAUGCUUCAUGAACUCAAGCAUCCAGUGUGUUAGUAACACACAGCCACUGACACAGUAUUUUAUCUCAGGGAGACAUCUUUAUGAACUCAACAGGACAAAUCCCAUUGGUAUGAAGGGGCAUAUGGCUAAAUGCUAUGGUGAUUUAGUACAGGAACUUUGGAGUGGAACUCAGAAGAAUGUUGCCCCAUUAAAGCUUCGGUGGACCAUAGCAAAAUAUGCACCCAGGUUUAAUGGGUUCCAGCAACAAGACUCCCAAGAACUUCUGGCUUUUCUCUUGGAUGGUCUUCAUGAAGAUCUCAACCGAGUCCAUGAAAAGCCAUAUGUGGAACUAAAGGACAGUGAUGGCCGACCAGACUGGGAAGUAGCUGCAGAGGCCUGGGACAACCAUCUAAGAAGAAAUAGAUCAAUUGUUGUGGAUUUGUUCCAUGGGCAGCUAAGAUCUCAAGUUAAAUGCAAGACGUGUGGGCAUAUAAGUGUCCGAUUUGACCCUUUCAAUUUUUUGUCUUUGCCACUACCAAUGGACAGUUAUAUGCACUUAGAAAUAACAGUAAUUAAGUUAGAUGGUACUACUCCUGUACGGUAUGGACUAAGACUGAAUAUGGAUGAAAAGUACACAGGUUUAAAAAAACAGCUGAGCGAUCUCUGUGGACUUAAUUCAGAACAAAUCCUUCUAGCAGAAGUACAUGGUUCCAACAUAAAGAACUUUCCUCAGGACAACCAAAAAGUGCGACUCUCAGUGAGUGGAUUUUUGUGUGCAUUUGAAAUUCCUGUCCCUGCAUCUCCAAUUUCAGCUUCUAGUCCAACACAGACAGAUUUCUCCUCUUCGCCAUCUACAAAUGGAAUGUUCACCCUAACUACCAACGGGGACCUGCCCCGACCACUAUUCAUCCCCAACGGAAUGCCAAACACUGUUGUGCCAUGUGGAACUGAGAAGAACUUUACAAACGGGAUGGUUAAUGGUCAUAUGCCAUCUCUUCCUGACAGCCCCUUUGCAGGAUACAUCAUUGCAGUCCACCGAAAAAUGAUGAGGACGGAACUGUAUUUCCUGUCAUCUCAGAAGAACCGCCCCAGCCUCUUUGGAAUGCCAUUGAUUGUUCCAUGUACUGUGCAUACCCGGAAGAAAGACCUAUAUGAUGCGGUUUGGAUUCAAGUAUCCCGGUUAGCCAGCCCACUCCCACCUCAGGAAGCUAGUAAUCAUGCCCAGGAUUGUGAUGACAGUAUGGGCUAUCAGUAUCCAUUUACUCUACGAGUCGUGCAGAAAGAUGGGAACUCCUGUGCUUGGUGCCCAUGGUAUAGAUUUUGCAGAGGCUGUAAAAUUGAUUGUGGGGAAGACAGAGCUUUCAUUGGAAAUGCCUAUAUUGCUGUGGAUUGGGACCCCACAGCCCUUCACCUUCGCUAUCAAACGUCCCAGGAAAGGGUUGUAGAUGAGCAUGAGAGUGUGGAGCAGAGUCGGAGAGCACAAGCCGAGCCCAUCAAUCUGGACAGCUGUCUCCGUGCUUUCACCAAUGAGGAAGAGCUAGGGGAAAAUGAAAUGUACUACUGUUCCAAGUGUAAGACCCACUGUUUGGCAACCAAGAAGCUGGAUCUCUGGAGGCUUCCACCCAUCCUGAUAAUUCAUCUUAAGCGAUUUCAAUUUGUAAAUGGUCGAUGGAUAAAAUCACAGAAAAUUGUCAAAUUUCCUCGGGAAAGUUUUGACCCGAGUGCUUUUUUGGUACCAAGAGAUCCAGCGCUCUGCCAGCGUAAACCACUCACACCCCAGGGAGACGAGCUCUCCGAGACCAGGGUUCUGGCAAGAGAGGUGAAGAAAGUGGAAGCGCAGAGUUCGGCCGGGGAAGAGGAUGUGCUCCUGAGCAAAAGCCCAUCCUCACUCAGCGCCAACAUUAUCAGCAGCCCAAAAGGUUCUCCUUCUUCAACAAGAAAAAGUGGAACCAGCUGUCCCUCCAGCAAAAACAGCAGCCCUAAUAGCAGCCCACGGACUUUGGGGAGGAGCAAAGGGAGGCUCCGGCUGCCCCAGAUUGGCAGCAAAAAUAAACUGUCAAGUAGUAAGGAGAACUUGGAUGCCAGCAAAGAGAAUGGGGCUGGGCAGAUCUGUGAGCUGGCUGACACCUUGAGCCGAGGGCACAUGCUGGGGGGCAGCCAACCAGAGCUGGUCACUCCUCAGGACCAUGAGGUAGCUUUGGCCAAUGGAUUCCUUUAUGAGCAUGAAGCAUGUGGCAACGGCUACAGCAAUGGUCAGCUUGGAAACCACAGUGAAGAAGACAGCACUGAUGACCAAAGAGAAGACACUCGUAUUAAGCCUAUUUAUAAUCUAUAUGCAAUUUCGGUAAGUGAUUUAUUAUAUGGUUUUCAGAGAAUGGUCUGUGUUUUGUUCACCUGUCUUCAUGUAUUCAUCAGCAAGUAUUUUUUCAGAUCCUGCUUAUUUCUAGGCAUUAGUGAUAGACAAAGUUAUAGAAAUCUUGGCCUGCCCAGGUGUGAUGGCUUACACCUGUUUUUCUUGCCCUUUCAGGAACUUCACCCUGAUGAAAUUGACACCGACUCUGCCUACAUUCUUUUCUAUGAGCAGCAGGGGAUAGACUAUGCACAAUUUCUGCCAAAGAUUGAUGGCAAAAAGAUGGCAGACACAAGCAGUAUGGAUGAAGACUUUGAGUCUGAUUAUAAAAAGUACUGUGUGUUACAGUAAAGCUACCACUCUGGCUGCUAGAUAGCUUGGUGGUGAGGGAGAUGACUCCUUGUAGCUGACAUUUGGCAGAAGCGUCACUGAAAGGCAAGCUAAAUGUAGUUAUUUUAUCCUGUGACCCUGAAGCACAAAAUAAAAAUUCUAAUUAAAAUAGUUAACUUUAAGAGUAGUAAUAAUUUUAUUUUGAAGUCUCAUACAAGCUCUCCGACAGAGAACUUUCAGGCAGAUCCCACCAUUAGCCUGUAAACAAAGGGUUUGGCACCAGCCACCUGGGACCAAAUAAGAAUUCAACUGUGCUUGUCCAGAUGUGAACAAAUAUGUAGUGAGUAUAGAGUUUACCAGUAAUCAUAACAAAUAUUAAAGAUUUCCUUGGAGUCAAAGUAAAAAACAAAAAAUUAUAAUGUUGUCUAGGGACGACAUGAUAUGCUACCUCCUUUUUCCUGAAGUUUUAUUCCAUUAUAUUGACAAGAUGGAGAAAGCAAGAUCAUGAAGGUGUGCAAAUGAUUCUUAUGGCAUGGAUGAUGAUUUUUUGAUUUAUUUUUUAAAUUGUUUCCCUACUCUGUCUUUCUUGUUUUUUGUUUUUGUCAUUGUGUUUGAGUUUGAGACACAACCAGUCAUUGGUGGCAGGGGCAUAUAGUGGUUAGUCUGAAAGGGAGGCUCUCUUAAGAGCUAUGUGCCUUCCACCCAGAGCCUUGUGGGAGACCCAGUAAAAAGAAAACGCAUCCUGGGAAAUCCAGCUACCAUGGCCCUCCCAAUGGAGGCAUCUUACAUUUAGGAUACUUCAAGUAUCCUCAGAAAUGUAUUCCGCACCCCCGGCCCCACCCAUGCUGAGGGAGGGGAUGUUUGCCAAUAUUUGCAUCAUCUUCACAUGCACAUGUUGCAACAAGAGCUUCUGGGAAGGUAAGCAGCAUUGGAGCUAGAUCAAGUUUCACAAUUAGUGGUUCUUUUCCGUGUUUGUUUUGCACUUUAAAAAAGAGAGAACACAUGCAAAUGGAUCUGCUUGUGUGUAUUUGAUGGCUCUAAGGGCUAUAAAUUAAAACAAAACACAUCCCAGACAUUAGGAUUUCAUAAAUUUAUUUAAGGAAGUUGGUAGUUUUAGGAAGUCAACUUUAGUUUUGCUUUAUUUGCAUGUCCACUAAUUUUUUUAUUUUGAUAUUUGUCUUUUUAAAAAAUUUUACAGUAGUUAUUAAAAGUUAUGUUUCUUUGCUUACUUCAUUUUUUUCUCCAAUUAUUCAAGACUGGAACAAACAUAAAUAUUAUUUAUUUCAGGUAGCAUUUUUUUUCUGUGUAGUUUUUUAAUAUAUAUUUGAAGGAAAUGUUUCAUCUUGUUUUUGGUCUUUGUUUAUUCAUUUAGACCCUGCAAGUUGAUUCUCAUUAAUUGUCAGAUUCCACUACCCUUUCUUCCUCAGAGGUAGUAAUUACCAAUGUAACUAAGCAUUUGUGUUCUGAUAUCUGAGGCCAGUAACUAUUAAUAUCUAGUUCUUUUCAGAGCAUUUGGAAUGGUUACCUUAAAUGACUACCUAAAUUGAAAUCCUUUUCAGAAAAAAUAUAAUUACAAGUAGAAAGGAGUGGCCUAAAUUGUAUAGUGUAAUAAAGUCAGACAAAAUGCAUACUUUAUAGUUUCAGAUUUUCAGUAUAUAAAAUGUGUCCAUUCCUGGACAUGUCCCAUUAAAAAGUGGAAGAUUUUAAAUAAUUUCUUUACAGAUGUUUUAUUUAAGCAGGUAGCACAAUCUACUAAUGUUGUUUGAUCUGUGUUUGUUAUACUGGUUGUAAUUAAUUUUUUUAAUUCAUGAACUAGCAGAAAGUUUAUUAAAUUAACUAUUAACUACAUUCACCUUGUAAAUUACUGUAUAAAACUUGUUGACAAUGCACUGACUUUAGAAAGAUGUUAAUGUACAUAAAUAGAGUGUAAAUAAAAUAGUGUUGAUGUACUGAAAUAUGAACUGUAUAAAAAGUAUUGGUAAUUGUAUAUGGGGUGUACCUGUUUAUCUGUAACUAUUAUCCAAACAAAUUAAAUACUGUGGAUGCCUCUAUGUGCUGUUUUGCCUCAUACAAGUAAACACAGAAAGUCAAAUUCUUCAA